CUCGUUUUAUUUUUAUUUCGGACUGGCUGGGGCACUAAGUACAUUGUUUAGCGUUCUUCUUUCCAUGAGUAUCCUGUAUUUGAUAAUACCUUAUCAAUAUGUGCCUCUGUACGAAGUACAAACGUCAGUCACCGUUUUCGGAUUAUCGGAAACGAAAGGAGCAAAACUAACCGAGCAGUGUUCAAUCCGUUCAACAGAUUGCAAAAUGGCGCCACGUAGAAAAACUAUCGGACCGUUACGCGGUUCAUUAACCAACGUUUUAGGCAAGGAAAACGGUUAUCUCCGUUCUUUAAGUGAUUAUCAAGCUCGAGUUCGAAGGCGCGAAAGUAUCCGUAAUUACAGAAAUGCCGCAGAACACGAUUUAGAGCGAAAAAUUGAGUUGGAGACGAAAAUUAAAGAAGGUUCCUCAAAGUUAUUAGCCGCUGCGCGGCACCCAACACAAUGUUUGGAGGCAGCACGCGCAUUGUUCACGUCAAGCAAAAGAAUGUCCAUUUAUAUGGCAGAGUUACAUAAAAAGAGGAAUCGUGAACCUUCGAGGACUGGCAAUUCUAAUAGCGACGGGAAAUUAUCUAUCUCGGAUCUUCGAUUUCCUUUAAUGUGGAGAGACUCCGACCACUUCAAAAAUCGAGGAGACUCAAGAAAAUUCGCUGUGUUUUGUAUAGCUCGAGUUGGAACGGAAAUUCAGGACACCAGUUUAAUUUAUCCCGUCGACAGAGAGCAAACAGACAUAAGUUUUCCCGAUGUAUUGUUGUUCAAUAACGUACCGGCUGAAUUUGAGUUGACGUUAGAAGUUUACAGUCAUGUCUUACAAGACGAUCUCGGCAUUGCGAGUACCCCGAGAAGAAUCCGGAGAACCAUUCAUUCUUCAAUCUCGAAGACUAUGGGUAGAAAAUUCGCAGCAGUUUUGCGAGACGAAUACGAGUCGACCAAAGUACCGCGAUUCGAUUUAGUGGCUCACGCAAAAAUGAAUCUCGACGAUACCAACGAAAGUGUACGUUCGCAUGAUUUAAUGUUAAAUAGUUGCGAGAGCAAAGUUCAAGUUUUACCGCUGUUUGGCCAUUUCUGCUGUCGUUUAGCUGUUCGGCCGCAUUACAUCGAUAAGGAAGUUUGCACAGGAUGUAUAAUUGUAAAUAAUAAAACGUGCCGGGCACGAUUGCGAGCUUUUCAAAUUAACAGUACAUGGGAAUCGGAGGAACACAAAGAAUCGGAGAAACACAAAGAAUCGGAGAAACACAAAGAAUCGGAGGAACACAAUGAAUCGGUCGCGUCCAUCUAUAUGGUUCCCAUCGAUAAGAACACUGUUCUUCGGCGAUCAAAAUCGACUGCGAACCAGUUGCAAAUAAUUAAUUACAUAGAUGGUAAGGAGAAGCGUGAUCUUGUUACAUUGAAGACGGGCGAAGACAUGAACAACUGGUUCCAACGAUUGACCGAGUGCAUCGAAGAACAUGCGAGAUGGAAACAUGCCGCAACGAAUCUACAGCAGAUACCGCCGAAUUCCGAUAAAUGUCCCAGUGCAAAUACGAGUAUAUGCAAUUCGUUGGACGGCAAAGACAAGAAACAAGGAUCUCUCUACGAUGAAACCUCGUUAACAGGUGAUAUUUUUAUGAGAAUCGACUUUUCCGAGACUGACCUUGUCGCGGACAACUUCCUUAAAGAACGAUUCUUCGAUGCCUAACUCUUAACUUUGUCUAAGGUCGUACUACAGACAGUGAUGAUGGUAAUAGAAUUUUGGAGACGCUGGUACUUUGUCAAUAAGACUUUUAUACCUGUAUAAUGUUAUCCUUUCCGAAUGAAAAAAAACUUUUAUACAUCGUA